CCAUGAUAACAUAAAGAAAAAGAAAAAAAAAAAAAGAAACCCCCACGCGCUAUUUAUAAUCAUUUUAAUACAAUGCCUUUCACACAAUUAUUUGUUAGUAAAAGUAGAAGAAUAGACUUUGAACUCACAUUGCUGAUUCAAGACUUGACGAAUAUACCUCUUGUGAGUGGACUAUACUAUAUCAAAUGGAGAUUAAAGAACACAACACAUACAAGUGGAACUACAGCAAGAGCACCCAUUCGAGAUCAUUGUGUCUUUUGGGGUCAUCCUAUCAGUACCAUGGCUCAUUUGGUAGUAUCUAAGCAACAAGUAUUGAGUUCAUGUGAAUUUAGACUGGAUGUCUAUCAAGAAUUAGGUGGUAAAGAUACAGUGUCGAUUGGUAGUUUGACUAUCAAUCUAUCUGAAUAUGCAGGCUCAGGAUUAACUUCAAGAAGAUAUCUCUUGGAUGACUGUAAAUUCAACUCGACACUUAAAUUGUCAAUACAAGUGGAUCAAAAAUCAAAUCCUCAUUUAGAAUAUACCAUUCCACCACUAAAGAAACAACAGAUUUUUGCAGAUAUACCUUCUAUGAUUACUGAAAGGUCUGCUGUAUUUGAAGAAAGAUCAUUAGCUAGUUUAAGCAACACACAUCUUCAACAGCCUUCAACAGAGACUGGCAUCAAGAAAUCACAGUCUGCUGUGUCUUUGCCUCGUUAUUGUCGACAAGUAACACCAUUUCAUGACACGGAUGAUCCUUCUCCUACAGACUUGGUAGAAGAAUUGUUUAAGCCAAAAAAGCCAUGAUUUUCUUUUGUUUUAUUGAAUAAACUUGUUCAUUCAUACCAACAAAUGUUCUAUACAGCUGUUUAUUAUUGGUGAAAUCAUGGAAAUAAAGAGUAUUCUCAGUGUUAUAACCAGUGUUUUAUUUAUUUACAACAUAUAGAAAUAUGAAA